UAUCCUACAGGUGGUUCUCCAAACCACUUUUUUUUUUGGGAAAUAAACGGGUCGUAUCUCUAGCGACUCCAUUGUAGUCUGGUACCGUACCCAAAUUCCCAACAUUAUUUGGACAGCGGGUACGUAGCUUCACCCCAUCAACCUACCAGCUGCGUGGUGCUGCGCCCGGCGAGUAGACGGGACACCAUGGAAUCCGAAGCCAAAGGCAGCGUGAACAAUCCAAAGCCGUCCCCCGCCGCUACCGCUGCCGCUGCCGCUGCCGCUGACGAUCCGCCUGUCCCACCCCGAGCCCCAAAAAUCUCAGUGGACCCCUCACUGCGCACUCUAACAGUGGGACCCAACGGAGUGCCCAACGACGACGACGCUGCCAUCGAAGCUCCAGUCCCAGACGUCCAGGCCACAACAGAGGAAUGCUUCAAAGACUUUGACACGAAUAGCAUCACCCAUGUUGUCAUCCAAGUAUCAAUCUCAAAACAACAACAAAUCUUCCACCAAAUAGGCUACCAAUACACCUGGAAUUUCCCCUUCCCUUUCUGGCAUUUCCUCGGGAAGAUGGUUGUCAAAGCCCUAUACAAUGAUCAGCGAGACAACACAGAGCUUCAGAUACUCAGUUUCACUGCGAUAAAGAAUCACGAGUUCGUCGCCUUCACAACAUCCGCAUGGAGGGCUGCCAACACAGCAAGGAAAGCAGCUGGGGUUACCGAGCUACCGCCGCUCAACGUGAUAGAGGUCAGUUUCAUGAAACCACAGCCGGGGCAACGCUUGCAGAUAUCGUGGCAACCAGCUAGGGGGGUGUUCACUGGCAGAGUUAGGCUAUGGACCGAACUUGAAGAGAGGAGGAAACAAUCAACCACAGUAACAUCAUAAAGGAACCAUCUUGUGGUCAUCUGUAACGGAAUAGUGAUCUUGCACGUAGAAGACGAAGGUUCUGGUAGGAUUGCCACUAC